GAUCCAGUUUGCCUGCUCCGUGUGCAAGUUCCGCACUCUGGACGAGGCCGAGAUCCGGCGGCACCUGGAGAGCAAAUUCCACCGGGAGACGCUGCGCUACAUCGGCACCAAGCUCCCGGACAAAACCGUGCAGUUCCUGCAGGAGUACAUCGUGAACAGGAACCGGAAGAUCGAGCGGCGCCGGCAGGAGCUGACGGACAAGGAGGGGAACAAACCCAGGGCCGACCCCUUCAAGGGGAUCGGCCAGGAGCAUUUCUUCAAGCGCAUCGAGGCCGCGCAUUGCCUGGCGUGCGACAUGCUGAUCCCGGCGCAGGGCCCGCUGCUGCAGAGACACCUGAGAUCCAAUGAGCACAACCGGAGCCGCAGGGUGAGGGAUAAACUGGGUUAG